AUGGAUAGCUAUGAGAAUAUACAAAGCCAUGAACUCAGCAAUUUGAAAAAACAAGACGAAGUAGCUAUAGUGAUGGUUCCAUUUCCAGCUCAAGGCCAUCUCAACCAACUUCUCCAACUUUCCUGUUUAAUCUCUUCCUAUGGUCUCCCCGUCUAUUAUGUCGGCUCAGCUACACAUAAUCGUCAAGCUAGGUUUCGCGCCAAUGCCUUAAAUCCUUCGGACAUAGCCAAAAUCCGAUUCCACGAUCUCCCAACUCCUGAAUUUGACUCACCUCCACCUGACUUUAAUUCCUUAAGCAAAUUCCCCGCGCAUCUUCAGCCAUCAUGGGAUGCUUCUAUGCUUCUGCGCGAGCCUAUUGCUUCAUUCCUUCGCGAUAUUUCAUAUAAAGCAAGACGAGUUGUUGUUGUUCAUGAUUCUUUAAUGUCCUAUAAUGUUCAGGAUGUUUCAUCCUUGUCCAAUGCAGAAUCCUAUAUAUUUAAUUGCAUUUCAGUUUUCACUUUGUACAGUUGGAUAUGUUUGUCUAGUGGGAUGCCUGUCCAACUUGAAGAAGAAAUGCUUAAAAAGCUACCUUCCCUUGAAGGAGUUGUGACAGAUAAAGUCAGGGAACUUGGAGCUUCUCAGAGUCCAUAUAUGGAUAUUAGAUCAGGCGAUAUCCAUAAUACGAGCAAAGUAAUCGAAGGUAAGUUUCUUGAUUUGAUGGUACAAGUAACAAGUACACAGAACAAGAAACAAUGGGCAAUUGGACCAAUUCUGCCAGCUAAACUCGAUUACAUCUCAAAUAGGAACAAUAUAUGUUUGGAGUGGCUGAACAAACAACCUCCAAGAUCAGUUCUUUAUGUAUCAUUUGGAACAACAACUUCAUUUUCCGAUAGGGAAAUCAAGGAGCUCGCGAUGGGAUUAGAGCGGAGCAAACAGAGGUUUAUAUGGGUGCUGAGAGAUGCCGAUAGAGGAGAUAUCUUUACUGGGAAAGCUAGACAAGUUGAGUUGCCAGAAAGGUUUGAGGAAAGGGUAAAAGAAGUAGGCUUAGUGGUCAGAGAGUGGGCACCACAACCAGAAAUCUUGGCUCAUUCGUCGACUGGGGGGUUCAUGAGUCAUUGCGGUUGGAAUUCUUGUAUAGAGAGUAUUACUAUGGGAGUGCCAAUAGCUGCUUGGCCUAUGCACUCUGACCAACCAAAGAAUGGUUUCUUGGUGACGGAAAUACUGAAAAUAGGCGUGCUUGUUAGGGAGUGGGAGAAACGCGAGGAGAUGGUGAGUGCAUCCACCAUUGAGAAUGUUGUUAGGAAGUUAAUGGCAUCAGAAGAAAGCGAUGAAAUUAGAAAAAGAGCAGAAGAAUUGGGAGAAGCCGUAAGGCAGUCCACAGAAAAAGGGGGUGCUUCUCGAAUGGAGUUGGAUUCUUUCAUCUCGCAUAUCACAAGAUAG